AACAUAAAGAUUACAUCACUUCCGGGUAACUGCAUCGGAAACACUUUUGGCAUGCAGAAAGGCGGAUCCCUCUCGGCUACUUUGCCUUUCAGAACUUCUUUUGAGCUUAUUUUUACCUGCCAUUCCUCGGCGGGUCACGCCAAAUCCAACACAAAUUGCUUCCUUAGGUAUUAAAACGACAUUUUUUAUUCAGUCGAGUUCUGCGACCGACCUCCCCGCGACGACAGGAAGAGAGUUUUUUUUCAGCUGUAGCUUAGCUAACUUUUAACGCACUAGCAUUUAACUUGACAACUGCCUGCAGCGGGGAAGGAGCAAACACAGGAAGAUGGGAGAUCUGAUGUGGGCAUUGAAGACCGGGGAUCUGGAUGAGGUGGUAGCCAAACUGGUAACGGCUGAAGAUGUAAACCGGACCCUGGAAGGUGGGAGGAAGCCUCUUCACUAUGCUGCAGACUUUGGUCAAACGGAUGUGGUGAAGUACCUAAUUUCUAAGGGAGCCGAUAUGAAUGCUCCAGACAAACACGGGCUCACUCCACUGAUCUCUGCCUGUUUUGAGGGUCACACUUCCUGUGUCAAGGUCCUGCUAGAAAAGGGAGCUGACAAAGACCAAAAAGGACCGGACGGCAUCACUGCCUUUGAAGCUGCCGAGGACGAUGCCAUAAAGGCUCUGCUCAAGUGAGACCCCACAGUGUGGGAGGUGGCUGGACAGGUGGGUGAACGGACAGACAGAUGGAUGCAGUGGUCCCCUGACAGAAGAUGGACUCGCCCCUCUUACCCCGAUCAACAUCUGUCUCAGCACUGCUUUUGUCUGUUUGUUGGAGGGUCAUGUGUCCGUCUGGGGAUUUUCCUUUUACCUUGUUUAUUUUCCUUUCCCACCCCCCAAGUUUUUUGAGGUAGGAUUUUCUCUUGUUCUGGCCUCUGUUUGUAGCCAUUCAACAGCAGAACUUGUCAAUUAUGUCUCCCUUAGGGACCAAACGCUGGGGGAGUGUUCUUGCAUCUGGAUCCUAAAUCACUGCUCUGACUAUAAAUCACAUUCUGUAACGUAAACGCAAAGCUUAGAACUUAAACACGCACCUCGUUUGCAGUUCUCUUGGAAAUCAAAUGGUAAUAAAUCAAUAGUGUGUUAACAUUAACAUUUUUCCUCACUUCACUAUAAGUAUUGUAUGGCCAGGACUUAAUAUCAUGAAACAAACAGUAAUUGCACUGUACUAUACUAGAUCGAUUGAAAAAGAAAGGUUGUAAAGUUGAAUAAUAUUUACCUUUCAUUAUUUGUGGCCUCUUCCUCCACCUUGAUUUAUUUUUUUAAUAGAUCAAACUGUUCCUCUGCUCCAAUAUUUAAAUUUUGAAAACAUUGGUUGAGAGGGGUCCUGGGGUCAAAUUUUCCUUUUCUACUUGGCAUAUCACUUACAUAUCAAACAGUGUUCCACGUGUUGGUAAUGCAUAAACUAUAUUCUGUGUUCCUUGACGAAUCACCAUGCUGGUUAACUAGAAAGACUUGAAUGUUGCAAUUUUUUUAAAUCUGUCACUGAACCCCUCAUUUUUUUCUUUUUUGUAAAGCAACAUUAACAGCACAAAAUAGAAUAAGGAAUUCUAGAAAUUUGUUAAUUUUGUCAUCCCUGGAGUGAGAUUUCAGAGCGAUAAUUCCUUCUUUUUUUUUUUGCAGAUUCUCUGUGUCUAGUAAUUGAUGGGCUCUGGGGGCUCUGCAGGGUGCGUACAUGGGGGUAGAGUUGGAACUGGAUGGUGGGGGCUGUUAGCGUUCCCCUUGCCUUGGAUUUGGUUAGAAGCCCCGCCUGUUUUGCUGCAUGUCAAAACUGCCUCUGCUUUUCUGCUAAGAAAUGGUCGCUGGUCCUCACUUGGUUGCUUUAAAAAAUGAAUUACUACUAUGUAAUGGACAAAAAAGAAAGAAAAAGAAAAAAAAAGAUGCUCUUGCUGACUUUGUUGUGACAAAAA